AUUGUUAUCCUUCAGAAGUGGACCCCAGAGCUAGACUCUGUCUCCAGUGUCGCCUUCAUCUGUACCAGGCCGAGAAGGGAAAAUACUCCCUAUUGGUUAAGAUUUCCCAAGGCUGUGAUCAGAUCCCUUCCUGGGGAAACGUUUCUGUGGGGCUGAGCCUCGGAUUAGUGGAACCAAUUUUUCAUUUACUGAUUCCAACAUGUUUGAUUUUGAGACAUAAGUCUGCCCAAGAAGGUGUACCUAAGCUUUCAUAUAAAAUUAAAGCCAUGAAUGCGUGGCAUGCCAUGCUAGUCAUACACCGAAAGAGCAGAUAAUAUUACUGAGAAAUUCAGUAACUGUGUGCCUUCAAAAAUCACUUAUUCCUCAUGGGAGGAAACAAUAACAAAAAAGAGAGAAGUCACACUAACAGCAAGCCUAUUUUUAUUCUACCAGGCAGUUGAUUAAUUAGAUUACUUUGAGGCCCAAUUUCCUAUUUUGUAUCCAAAGGUCAUGGCUCUUGUUGGAGAGAUCAAUUAAUAUAUCAGUGUAUCAGACUCAACAUAGAAAUGUCAUCCAAGCAACGUACAGGAAACCUUUGCAUACUGUUUGUUUGCCUUUGCUGGUAGUUAAUCUGGAUUACUGUUUGCUACCUGUUCCAUUUAUCUUGCUCAAGAGCUUUAGCAAAUGUUUAUUGGACAUGAUGUUCUGUUCCUUUCCCUUUUUUCCUAAGAAAAUGCAGGCUAACCCCAGAGCAAUACCAGGCUGCAAACGUCAUGUUGCUGGCUGCACUCUGGUCAGAGGAGUUUCUUUACUGCUGGUGGGGGAGAAUAGACAACGUUUUUAGGGAUGAGAAUGAUCUGCCAAACAGGGAAUGGGCCUUUAACCAUUUUUUGAGUGAGAAAUGAGCACCAAUUAGAUACUUCCACUUAUCUGAACAAACCAAACAAAUUUAAUACCAAAGUAAAUACCUAGUAAGUAGCAAAAAGCAGGCUAGUGAAUAGCAGCAAUCUGUUGUUCUUUACCCGAGUGUCCACUAAUAGCCUGUUCUGGAAAAGGGACACAGGUCUGCUAUCUAGUAAGGCUGUCUUCCUUUAGUAGGAAGGUGUUCAAAAGAUCUCCCAAGACCUCCAAUGCUGUUUUGUGAACAUUGCUUUCCAGUAUACUGAUUAUUCAAUUUUGUUCAAAUGUAAUUCAUAUGCUGCCUUGAAAGUGUGGAGCACUAUACAAGUCAUUAUUGUUACCCUGUGCAAAUAUAAUACAGAGCAAGUGAUGCCUGAUAGUUAGCAAUGCUUGUUAACACUUGAAAUGACAGAUCACAAUUGCUCAUGAUGGAAGGAAAGUAGGAAACAGCAGGCUAGGAAAUGUUUUGUAUCUCAGGAAUGGUUGUAUCCCAUGAUAGUGUGCUGGAACACAGCUGUCAGAGAUGAGUUCUUCGGAUGGGAAGAAAGUAAGGGUGAGAUACUAAAAAGCUUUAUCCCUUUGACUAUGCCUAAAAUUACCUUUUACCAGGGAAAGGUAAAUUGUACUCAUCACCCAGCAAAUGAACGCAAUUUUAGUUCCCACAGGAGAAUUUGCUGACCAUAAACACUUGUCAAGUCAGGAUGCACAACUCCUGCUUGUUUCUGUGUUCUGUGGGAGCCUGUACAUGUCUGUACUCUGUUGCUUUGAGGAUUUCUCUGGUGCAUAAGACAGGCCUUGAAAGAGACAGCGAGACUCUGAGAGUGGCAUAGGGGUGCCCUUUUUUCUGUUAUUUCAUCUUUGCCUUUUUCUCUGCCUUGGUGUAUGAGAAGAGAGAUGCAAGGGGGAUGGUUAGAUCAGCUCCAGGACCAUCCAGGAAUAUUAUGUGCCUGUAUGUAUCUGUUUACACCAAGUGGCCAUACUACACCCCAGCAUCUGUCUGUCUCUACAGUGUAACUGAUCAUUUGGGAUGGCAUGUAGACAUCCUUGUAGUCUCUGCCUUGUUGGUCGACACUUUCAGGCAGAAUGGGGAUGACACCCCCUACCUCUCCUGUCUGACAGGCAGUCUGUAUGGAUGGAAGAGGCUAAAUUAAAAGCAGUAGAAGCAGACUUUCUGGUUUUUCUUGAUAGCUGGAAUAAAGGACAGAAGGGAGCAGUCUGUGCACUGCAAUUAACAUCAAGUGCUAUUGCAACUCAUCUUGUAAUGCGAUAUAGAUACAAUCUCAGCAGAAAAUUGAACACUGCACUGAGUCAGAAACACAGAGCAAUGCUGAGUUUUGAAGAAAGUAAUUAGCCCCAGGGACCUGGUGGUUUCUCAUUUCCCCUGUGGUAAACACAGGGAAGUGGAACAGUACUUCCCAUAGGCUCCCAAAGUCAAUUUAGAGAAGGUACACAGCCAAUUUAUAAACCAAAAUUUUAAUAAAUGCUUAGUAAAAGGCAGGUGCACUUGCCAUCUUCCUGCAGUGCCCUUCAUGUACAGCUCAGUGUCCCACUGAUUUUCCUUCAUGAGCGUGUAAUACCCCUCAUCUGCCUAUGCACUGCUUAGUCAGCCUCGAGCCCCUGCCAGCACAGCUGCUAGAGAAUGCAGCCUGGUGCAGCAUCUCUUUGGUACCCCUUGCCACGUGGUACCGUGCCUUUCCUACUGACCUACUGAGGCCAAUGCUGGCAAGGCAGGUCUGCGUGGGUCACUGUUCACUAUGCUUGCCUGGAACCAGGUGCUGUAGGUCUGCCCUCUGUAUGGUGCUUCACCUGAUCGCUGCUUCCCUUCAGCCCUCAAUGCAACAGUGGCCCAGUCCAUCCUUGUGCUGCUCUGCACUUGGCUUUCACAAAAGCGGUGAUUUGAGGUUUUCCAGAACUCACUAAUGAUGUGAAUUCUGCUUUAAUUCUGCUUUCCUUCUUCAGUAGAAGAUUAGAAGUGUACUGAAUUGCAGAAAUAAGACACUUGGUAGCCAAGAAAGCUUUGAUCUUGCUAAUGACAGGAUGUGAUGGCUGGGAGCUCACAGGAAUCAUAUGAGAAGCAAGGAAUCAAGCUGUUCAGUUGCCUACUCGUGAUGAUUCCACCAUCUGCAACAACUCCUGUCAGCGAUGCUGCACUCUUGCCAAGUGUGGCUUCUCAGGAAAUCUGGAGGUCGCAAGUUCCAGGCUAUUCGGGAUCAGUCACACAGCAUAUAAGUCACCGGGCCAACAACUUCAAGAGACAUCCGAAAAGGAGGAAAUACAUUCGCCCUUCGCCACCACCUCCGCCAAAUACUCCGUGUCCUAUUGAUCUGAUUGACUUUGGGGAUCUACAGCCUCAGAGGUCUUUCCUAGAACUCCUAUUUAAUGGAUGCAUUCUCUUUGGGCUUGAGUUCAGCUAUGCCAUGGAAACAGCCUAUGUUACACCUGUGCUGCUUCAGAUGGGUCUGCCAGACCAACUGUAUGGAAUGGUGUGGUUCAUCAGCCCUAUACUAGGGUUCUUGCUACAGCCUUUGCUGGGGGCCUGGAGUGACAGAUGCACAUCAAGAUUCGGGAGGAGAAGGCCAUUCAUUCUGGUCUUAGCAUUAGGUGCGUUGCUUGGGCUCUCACUUAUGCUGAACGGCAGAGAUAUUGGGAACGCCUUGUCUGACACUGUGAAUAACCACAAAUGGGGGAUCAUCCUUACAGUCUGUGGUGUUGUCCUCAUGGACUUCAGUGCAGAUUCGGCAGACAAUCCUAGUCAUGCCUACAUGAUGGAUGUAUGUGGCCCAAUGGAUCAAGACAGGGGCCUCAACAUCCAUGCUUUGUUAGCAGGUCUUGGAGGUGGCUUUGGUUAUGUUGUUGGAGGAAUACAUUGGGAUAAAACCAGUUUUGGAAAAGCUGUGGGAGGGCAACUGCGUGUCAUCUAUGUCUUCACCUCAAUUAUACUGACCAUCACUACUAUGCUGACUCUACUUAGUAUUCCAGAAAGACCCCUAGGGUCCUUCAGCAGGAAGAAAAAGGUGAUGAAGAGUCCAAGUCUUCCUCUCCCUCCUUCGCCACCUCUCUUCUUUGAGGAGGCUGUAAAUGAAAACUUUGCUUCUCAUAACUCGGCUCACUUAUAUGCAAGUUUUACAAGUCCUGUUUCCCCUCUCAGCCCACUCACACCCAAAUAUGGCAGUUUUGUCAGCAGAGACAGUUCCUUGACAGGAAUUAAUGAAUUUUCAUCGUCAUUUGGGACUUCAAAUAUUGACAAUGUGCUUAUAGACUGUUUUACAGGUGGGCACAAUAGUUACUUAGCACUUCCAGCUAGCUUGCCCAGACAUCCUGUCAGUGUCAGCUUUCCUCAGGUACCAGAUGGCCGUUACCAAGAAGAAAAUGGAAUUCUGGAGCAAGGGGAGAGCAGCAUAACUAUGGGGCCUGACAGCGAGGCACUAACAGUGGGCUCCCUGGAUGCAAUAAAGCCACGGUCAUCAGGUAUCCUGAAAAGACCUCAGACCUUGGCCAUUCCAGAUAUUGUAACGGGACGUUGUCCAGAAAAUAGCAGAAGAAGAAAUGUAACUUUCAGCCAACAGGUUGCCAAUAUCUUGCUGGAUGGUGUUAAAUAUGAGAGUGAGCUGAAUGGAUCAAGUGAGACCUCUGAGCAACCGCUCUCCAUCAGACUUCUUUGUUCAACCAUCUGCCACAUGCCCAAGGCUCUUCGUAACCUCUGCAUCAACCACUUCCUAGGAUGGCUUUCAUUUGAGGGGAUGUUGCUCUUCUAUACUGACUUCAUGGGAGAAGUAGUGUUUCAAGGGAAUCCAAAAGCACCUCACAACUCAGAUGAGUAUCAGAAGUACAACGCUGGGGUCACCAUGGGCUGCUGGGGAAUGUGCAUCUAUGCAUUCAGUGCUGCUUUCUAUUCAGCUGCGCUGGAAAAGCUAGAGGAGCGGUUCAGCACACGGACACUGUACUUCAUUGCGUACUUGGCCUUUGGGCUGGGUACAGGGCUGUCCACGCUGUCCAGAAACAUCUAUGUGGUGCUGUCACUGUGCGCUACCUAUGGUGUCCUCUUCGCCACUCUCUGCACGCUGCCCUACUCCCUACUUUGCGACUACUACCAGAGCUGUGAGUUCACAGGCUUGAAGGCAGAGGGCAUGCGGCGUGGGAUGGGUGUCGACAUCUCCCUGCUGAGCUGCCAGUACUUCUUGGCACAGAUCCUGGUGGCCCUGGCCAUGGGGCCACUAACGGCAGCUGUGGGCAGUGCCAGCGGUGCCAUGUACUUCGCCAGCCUGGUGUCCUUCCUGGGCUGCCUCUUCUCCUCCCUUUGCGUCAGCUAUGAGCCGAUACCACCCGCUGAGGAGCUGCCACCUACCGAGGAGCAGCGCCCACUCCUGCCAUGUGCACAGGACCAAUAAAUGAGAGAAGCUGC